AUGUCUUACAUGGUACCCUGGUUAGUUAAUGUAAAUACUGGUAUUAUUUUGUUCUUUAUCAGUGACUGUGACUUGUUCUACUACUGCUACCUAGAUAGAUCGAGGGUUCUCUCGUCCAACGUCAUACUGGCUUUUAGUCACUGUAGAAACUACGGAGGAAUAACCAGCAAGCCACAUUCCGACAAAGAAACUCUCCUCACUUAUAUCAUUAUCAAAGUCGUGCAAAAAAUCUGCUUGUCUCGGAUAUACUCACCAACCAAGGACGUUGAGGGACCAUCCGACCGUUCCUUACUAUGUAAAUCUUGGUACCCUCUAAAAGCACAAUUGAACCAAGGACAUUCACGUUGCUUUCAAAUCUUUCUCAUUGGUUUCUUGGCCAACACCAGUCCCUGA